UUCCGUUGUAUUACUGGGGGCGUCUCCCAACCGCAGAGGUGGGUGGUUUAACAUCUGCUAUCUACAUAAGCAGCAAAUGCAAAAAAAGGGGGCACAGAACCCGAGUGAAUGUAUUGUUCUUUUUUGUCUUUUUGCAUAUUUGUGUAGGUGUGUUUAUUGUAUCUUAAAAUAAAAUAGAACCUUGAGAAAGUGAACACAAGACAGGCUAACAAGUCCUAACCCGUCAUAGGAAAUAUUCAAAUAUUGACACAGUGCUGAGAAGCGGAAAGCCAAAACCACAGUUGAGUGACUGGUAAAAUCCCCGCUCACACACAACUUCCCCCCUGCCACCUGUUCACUCUUUGCUGUACACUCACUUUGUGUUUGAGUUUUCCAUAGCCAAUGUUCCGAUGAUAUGUAAAACAAAAACAAGGCAGGGCUCAACUUCCUCUUUUGACGCGACAACAUGAAACUGCUCACAUUUUUCUUUGUCUUUCUGCUCCUAACGAACAAAACUCAAGGGUCUGGAGUAAAAAGCAAGUUUGUAAAGCUGGGAACUGAUCUAAAUUUGGACGUGAACAAUACAUUAAAUUUUAUAAAGGAAGACGAGGUCUUCUUUUGGCGCUUCAAUAUAACUUCUAACAUUUUAAGAGUAAUUGAAAAUAAAACAAAAUAUUUUUCGCCCUACAACAAAAGAGUGGCGUUUUCUAAAAACCUCACCUUGAUAUUAAGAAAUGUAUACGAUCUGGACGCUGGACUUUACACUGCAGUGCUCAGUGGAAGAUCUCAGAAGAUGUUGGCCAAAUACCAAGUUCACGUUCAAGCCGCUGUAUCUCCUAUCGAGCUGGAGGUGGUGUCAGUGAGGGCUGACUCGGACUCGUGUAACUUCACGGUGACCUGUAGGACCGACAAAGCUGAACUCAACACCACUUUUGGAUGCCGCUAUGAUAACUGCAUGCGGACCCGAGGCGAGGUGAAUGAUGCAAAUUUCAAGGCCUUCGUCUCCAAUUCCUCCGUUAUGUGCGAGCAAAGCAACCACGUUAGCAAGAGCCAGCAGGCAAAGGCGCUUCAACAAGUCUGUCAUCAACACGGCGAAUCCGCCAAAAAAAAAAGCUCAAUGGUCACCUGGGUCGGGAUAUCAGUCGGCUUUGCUGUCCCUGUUGUUGCUGUUCUUAUUGGACUUGCUUUAAGAAAGUGUGUGACUUCUUGUGCAAAUACCAAACGGAGAAAAAGACAGGCCACCUGGCAACAAGAGGUUCCUGGGGACCUCACCCCAGCACAAAAUGUGGAAGCCCAUAAUAUCCAUAACGAGAUGAGUCUGAGCCUCUACUCAUUGGUGGAACAUCACACGGAACCGAGCAUGACCACGUAUGCUCGAGUUCAGAAACCUGCAAAACCUCGGGAGAUGCAGAAAGCAGAUUCGGUGCUGGUCCCUGGGCACAAUAAUCCCUUGGUGGCAUUGUAACCACGCCCACGUUAGGUGUACACAUUUCCGUAUCUGCAGAUUUUCAGUCUGCAAAAUGCUUGUUCCGUUCUAAAAUGCAAGCGUGGAUCGCCCUAAUUAUGUUUUCAGUGGGUGGCUCUCUUCGAACUGUUGCUUGAUGUUGCUGUGAAAUGCAAGGGACUACUUUUCAGCAGUAAUUUUUCAAAUUUUUUACAGCUGUUGUAAAAGCUCGAAAUAAAUCGGAACCAUAAAAGUUUCUGACGGGCCUGCCAUUUUGGCCACUUGGUGUCGACCCACCUGGUGGUGACUAAGGGCUCAGAUUGCAACCGCCACGGCUUACCUGAUUUCUGGACUUGCUCGCGUGACAGUGGCAAAAUGUGGAUCAGAAUAGCGUGUUUGGACUAGUGGGGGGCGCAUACAACAUAUUACCAUAAAGAAAAUGCUUUACUCGUCUGCUUUAACUCGGUGGACAGCGACGUCAAUCGUGUCUUCUGUAAUGUUCUGCUAUGUUCUUUAUUACAGCUGGUGUGAAAUUGCUAUCUCAAUAAAGUUGAGUUUGACUGAG